AUGCCGCCCGGCAUUACCCCCGAUAAGUCGAAGGGGCCGUCCACUACAUCGCUCACGAGCAAGCUACCGCCUGAGCUACUCUUGAUUAUAUCCGAACAUCUUACUUCUCGCCAACUCGAAGUCUACGCAGAACGUAGAUCGACCACGUCACUAGAUGACCCUCGCGCCCUGUCUCAAGUGUGCUCGCGUUGGCGUACUACUGCUUUGAACUCUAAAAUCUUAUGGACGAGCAUUCCACUCGUGAAUGAGUUUUGGGCCAGCAUAUCCCUCGAGCGCUCCCGACCUCUGCCGGUGUCGGUCUCCAUUUCGCUGGACUACAGCCCUUGGUCUCGCACCGACGAAGACGCAGUGAGAGCGCCGUUUGAGCUCUAUCACUUGCACGAUGGGAUUAUGAAAGCGCUAUCGGAGAGCCAUCGUAUACACAUACUCGAUAUCGACGCCUCGGUGUUCGACGACGACAGGAUCACUUGGUUGACCCAUAAGAUCUUCACGUUCCUAGGAUCAACUCCGAUGCCCCAACUGGAAUCUGUGUAUGUCAACCUACAAUGGCACGAGCUGUAUGGCGAAUACGCAUCCUUUCUGGACCGACAUACGCCGCGGAACCUCCGUCAUCUAUCGUUGCUACGUGGCAUAGAUCAACGGAGUCUCCCUUGCCCCCAUCUUUUUGCGGCGCCGCUUACCGUCCUGAAACUCGAGUGUGGCGCCGUAUGGGAAACUAUGGACGAUGCACUCAAUGCCCUUUCGGCCCUUCCCACACUCGAAGUCCUCGCCAUCGACCGCGACAAGAACCUCGAUGAGAGCUGGGACCAGGCAGGCGCGCUUCCUGAGUUCGACAUAUCUGAGCUGAUAAAUGACGCACGGCGGGUGUCACUACCGAAUCUUCGAGAACUCAUAUUGUGCGAGCCCCUGGCGCAUAUUGCGUAUCUACUCAAAUGCUUGGUAUUCCCACCCACGGCACGCAUCGAACUUAACGCCCUGCACCAACCUGAGGAGGAAAACGCUAUCCGUGAUUUGAUCGAAGGGAUUGUGGCCUCCCUCGCCGCGCACUAUGCGCCACUCAUUUCAGAGGGUUAUUACUUCGACAGCCUGCUCUUGGACGUAUCUCUCGAAUAUGGACGACGGCGCUUGGUCGUCGGAGCCGACCGUGCACAACGCUUUCCUACGACUACACAAACUCCCGCAAAGUUAAUCCCAAUUUCUUCCAAAGGCGCCAGGACUCUCCGCGUCCGUCCUCAUAUGCUGCCUUUCUCUCUCAGCCUGAGCGACGACAACUCGUUCACGUCACGAGAACUGGUCAAGCUCUUCGUCGAUCGGCUCGCGCGCUUACCUUCACGGAAGAAGCUAUGGAACACUAUGUUGUCGUCGCUCGAGCAAGUCAGCGUAGCCCACUUUUACGGGCAUACUGGCAUACAAGCGAUACUGGGACUCCUCAGAGAGGACGAAGGCGUCACACAUCGCGAUCUUGUCGAUCUCACUUUCGAAGAACUAUCGUUCGUACCGCCCUCAGAGCUGGCCAGCGAGAGGAAACCAGCUUGUGUGCCGUUCGACGCGCUGGUCUCGGUCCUCCAUCGGCGUACGGGCCCGGACAGAAUACAGUCUGUCGCGAACCUCAGGCAGCUGGAGUUCAAGAACUGCGAUAUCGAAUGCACGCAGAUCGACGUUCUUCGUCACGAUUUUGGCGAGGGAUUUGUGUCGUGGGAGAGGCAACGCGGUACGGACGAGUCAAGCCGCCAGGCACAGCGUGAUCGUAUGCGGUCUGUGACGGUGGAGGAAAUGUUGGAAGCAAUUGCCCAUCUGAAGCGGGAGCGGCAACGCGACAGACGGGUGUGA